UCUCCUGAUUGAGCUUUAAAGAAUGUUAGGUUGUUGCUCUCGGCGCUGAAACUCGUUGGUUGUCAUGGAAACGUAUUUAGAACAGCUUGCAUCCGGGUACAUGGGUGUCCUGGUGCCCAGCUGAGUCGCUUUCUUUUCGGCUCUGGGAAAAUGGAAGAGUGGAUGGUGGAAGGAAUCGCUGGCUUUCUCAGCAGCUCGUGUUGGACUAUUCCAAUUACCGAUUUUAUCGAACAAAACUGUGCAGUUUUUGAUGAUGAAGAAGAAAAUAAAUUAUCUUAUACAGAAAUCCAUCAGGAUUACAAGGAUUUGGUAGAACAAUUGUUAGAGGGCUAUCUUCAAGACGUUGGGAUCCAGGAGGAUCAGUUUUUGGAAGCCUGCAAUUCCCCACUUGCACAGUCGGAGUCAUUUCAGCCUGUCUUCCAACCAGUACUAGCUGCAGAAGAUUUUCAAGUCUUUAAGUCACUGAUGUUACAGAAAAAUGUUGAACUGCAAUUACAAGCUCUUCGGAUGAUUCAAGAGAGAAAUGGAGUUCUCCCUGAAUGUUUGACAGAUGGUGAGGACAAGAUCAGUGAAUUGGAGCAACAGGAACUUAGGAUCUUAAGAGAGGUGUUAAAACAAUCAAAAGAUGAGUAUGAACAGGAGAUGGCAAAAAGGUAUGCUACCGAGACAGGAGCCAAAGCUGGAGCAGCACAAAGUGACUUAGAGAAAGCAAUUGUGGAGAAUGCAAAGCAGGAGGAAGCACGACUUUCCAAACAGCACGAACUAGGAAAGGAAAAUUUACAACGGGCUGUUCAGAAAUCUUUACAAAAGAGAACAUCAGCAAGAGAAGAUGCAGUUGCAUCCACAAGUAACCUAGAUGAGUGUGUUAUGAAGUCAAAAAAUGCUUCAGAGCAUGCUACAGAAGAUGUAUCCUCAGCUGAAAUUAGGAACAAGCUGGCCAUUGAUCAACAAAACAGUUUAUCAGGACAAAGCAAUGGAAUUACCAGAAAAGUGUUAGGACCUGUGCGAGUCCCAGUGAAAGGAGAAGAAAAACCUUUGCCUUCAGAAUCAAUAGAAAAAAAGAUGCACCAAAGUGAUGCAGCAGAGACUUGGCUACAACAGGCAAAAAAAGAAGCAGGAAUUUCAGGCUCUUUUAUGGAGCUUUCUGAGAGUGAGAGGAGGCAGCUUCAUGACCGAGCAGCAUAUCUUAAGGAACAGAGGGAUAAAUUAGUGGCUAUGAAGAAAGAACAAAGGGAGAAACAUCUACCAAAAAAUCCAGAAAACCAGAAACCACAAUCCACACUAGAAACCAAAGAGAAUCUUUCUGAGGAAGAAAAGCAGAAAAUUCAAAAAAGAAAACAUUUGGCAGAAAAACUUAAACAGGAAGUUAUCAAAAAAUAGAACGUUGUGGACGGCACACUUAAAGAAGGAUCUGGUACCUGAUAUUCUGACUCAUAGAGAUCUUUUAUUCAACAGCAUUAAAGUUUAAGCAGUACUGUAUUACUUGUGACUGUGCCAGUGAUAGUUCGCAGAGGAUAAUAAAAUUCUACAGCAACAAUUUGCAGUCUUCUACUUCCAUUUACAGGCUAUGACAGCAAAAUUAAAUUCUUUGCAACUCAACAUGUCAUUGUAGUUGAAUUUUGUACUCUUGUCAGCUAUAAUCUUAUACUGUAGUUCAAAACUAUUGCCUGUAAAAUACCAGAAUUAAUAGCCAUCUCAUUAUUACUAUGUGCUUGUAUAAUAAACUGCUUUGUUCAGACUCUUUGACCUAGGUUAGGGCUGAUGUGUAAAUUAUAACAGUGUAAAGAAGGCUUACAUAUUCAUGGAGUUCAGAUGUGCCCAAAUCUGUGUUGUGCAAAUGCUGAGAAGUUGACAAGAUGAGCUUUGGAAAAGAAAUUCACUUUUGUAAAAAUGGAAUGCUGUUAAGAAUUGUUUAAUAGAUAUUUUUAAUUUCAUUAUAAGUUUAGUAUGGGAUCUAAUCAUCGUAUUACCUUAUUUCAACUGUAAAACACAGUUGGGCUGUAAUUUGUUCCACUGUGUGUCUGGAACAGAUUUCAUAACUCAAGUACUCUUGUUAACUUUAAAAGAAACCUUGAGCAAAAUGUUUCAUAUUAAAUGAAGUCAUCUAAUUAAGUUAAAUAUUAUGAACACGUAAAUGAAUCUAAUACCCAAAUCUGUUAAAGGCUGCCUAUUUCUGCCCUCAAAUUUUCCAAUCUAUCUGCUCCUUCAAUGGAGUAGAGUUUUUGUCUGCUGCAGCAGCAUUCCAUCUCACUCCUUGACGUUGACUAUAAAUUUUAGCUAACUAGUGAGGAGGUGACAUGCUUGGCUAGCACACAAUCCCUUUUCCCUUUGGGAGAGGGGUUUGAAUUUAGUCUAGGCCAAAAUCUCCCUUUUGGAUUUAAGUGCAAUUAAUUUGGGCAAUCCUCGACCCUUAUUUGAGUUUAACAAACAAUUACCUAUAAUUUGACCAAUUGCCAAUUUAUGUGGCAAGUGUUCUUUGUUUAUGGCUAAAGCACUAGCUGAGGACAAAUGGAGAUUUACAUACCUCAGUUCUAUCAGCCCAAGCAGCCAUACAUAUUUCAAACCUCUGAAGUAAUUGUUUUUUAUGUGGAUCUUCCCAGAGAAGCAAGUCAGUUUUUUUAAAAGCUACCAAGUCUAACAUAUCUAAAUCACCUCUACUGAUCCAAUGAAAUUGGUUAAGUACAAUAUCUUAUUCCUUGGAUGAGAAUACGUUUUGAGGGAUGUUGAGAUAUUCUUGUAUGCCAUGCAAAACUUGAUUUUAGGCUAGAUUUUUGCAAGUGAUUGAGGAAGUAAUGGUCUGCACCCAUAUAAUCAUUUUUAACCAACUUCUUGUGGCAUAAAUGUUACCCAUUAGUCUCUCUAGAUUGUAAUCCUUGGAGCAGAGAUUAAUACACUUGGGACCAGCAGAAAGAUCCAAGAUUCCGCAGUCCUUGUAUGUUAUUUUACUUAUUGUGCUGUUGAGUUAUUAGAAAUUAUUGCAGCAUACAAGAUAAUCUGUGUUGCUUUAAUUAGUCCAGGUCAUGAACCACAACCCACUUAAUUGUUUGCUUAAUUUAAAAAUAACCUGUGGAGAAGUUAAUGAAUCAAAUUAAUAUUAAAAGGUACAUUGUGGAAUUUGGAGCCAGGAAGUGAGGACACAUAUCUACAAAAGGGGGAUAUGUUUGCAAGAGGGGGAAUAACCAGGAAUACACAAUUUGGCAGGGCCUUAUUAGCAUUUUUUUCUGUUUCCCACCCAGCAGUUGGCCAAAGUGAGAGCCUGGCCAAUUACCAGAUUGGAAAAGCAGCAUUAUAAGACAAUUGGAAAAAAUAAGGCCAUGGUGAGGAGUCCUAAGAGCAAAGAGGAAGGGAAAAAUUGGACUUGGGUGGAAACUGGUUUCUGUGGGCAGCGGCGGAUGCAGGAUGCAUUUGAUGUGGAACAGGGUUGGUAGAUUGUGGGACAUCAAUCAUAGCAUAUUUGCUUGAGGAGUCAGGGCAAGUAUUCCUUGAUCCUCCUAACAUAACUAUUUGAUCCGCCUGCUCCCACCUCCCUUUAGUUGCCAAUAUUUGAGGAACAGAGUCUCAUUAACAUUUUACAAUCAUUGACCCACCUCGCCACAGCAGAUUACUUGGACACCUCUAAACCUGUCACAGUUAAACCAGAAGUUGGCACAUUAAGGGUAAGUUUUAAACUAUCAACUCACCUGACAGCUAAAAUGGACCUAAAUUGCAAGUGCCUUUUGGUUGAAUUAACAGAGGAACCUUGUGCUAUAUUUGAUGGAUUUAACACUAAAUAUGAACAAUGUGAAGAACAUGGCACUUAUGAUUCUAUUCUGUAUCCCAGGUCUCAUGUACACUUGCAUUUAUGAAAAGUAUUUGUGACAAAAGGGUAACUCUUGAACUGAUUUGCUAGCAUUGGAUUAGGAAUUUUUCCUACAUUUAUAACUGUGCCUAACCACUCAUUAUACCUUGGUAACAAAAGAAAGUGUAGGGGCUGUAGGACUACAUGUAAUUUAGAUUUUCCAGCCAAUUUAAGCCUUUGGAAACUAAGAUUUUUUAGGAUUAUUUUUGAAAGCAAAACUGCAAUUCAGGAAACAGCAGCUGGCUGAUGGAUGUUAAUUUCAUGCUUUUAACUCCUUAGAUUUGUUCUAAGUACAAGUCAAAUAAUGGCGAAUGCAGCAGGAUGGAAAAGGAAAUGUUUACUAAUGACAUCAAUGCUUUGAAAAAUUCUUUAUUUCUUGGUGCUGUAUGUUUUUGUAUUAAUUGGACACUGUAGCACAGAGCAAAUUAGGAAUAGGGUUUUCAGGCUCUGUGGGAGCCAUACAGUGUUCUUGAUAUAUUAUGGUAUAUGCAUUUCAUAGGAACAUGGCACUGUAUAGGACCAGAGAUGACUAUUUGGUCCAUCUGCUCAGAGUUCAAAAAGGAAUUCAGUUUACUAGCUAUAAUACUACAAUUGAUUUUCUCACCAAGAGUCUGUCCAAUUCUUAAAAUUACUGAUGACAUCGGCCUCAAAUAACUUCCUGGGCACUUUCUUCUAAGCACUCACCGCCCUUGGUGAAUUAGUUGUGUCUGAUCCAUCCAUUCAACUUCCCUUUUCCCCAGUCUCAGGGCUUACAAUAAACAGUCUCUCAAUGUUCAUCUUUUCCAUACCCUAAAGUAUUUUGAAUACCUCAAAUCUCAAACUUCUCUUUCCUAUUGUAAACAAAUUCAGCUUCUCUAGUUUCUCAUCACUUGGUAUUUUAAGUCACAUGUCAGAAAAGUAGCAUUUUACACUUUUUCUGGCACCAUAAUGCUUUUUCUGUAAGGUGACUAUUAGAACUGCACAAGAGACGAAACAAUGCCUUUUGAUUGAGUUAAACUGCAUACCUGAUCAGGCAAUUCCAGUGAAGAAUGACCUUUGUCAGGAGCAAUGAUAGAAAAUAAAGAUCUGUAUUUCUGUCAUUUUCCUAUCAAUUGAAAUGAAUGGAAAAAUUGAAGCCUGCAGAGCCAUAAUUUCUUGUCAUUGCUAUUCUUCAUUGGGAGCAUCUGAAAGGAAAUGAGCUUUGGAUUGUACCCUGAUUUCAGUUCUAUGUUAUCAGACUCCAUAACCCAAGAUCCUGUUUGAUUUUUUUUUUCCUAAAUCAUUGUCACACAUCAACAUUCAUAGUCCUCUCCUAUACUGCAUCCUGUGGACUUUACAUGAUUUAGUUCCAUUUAUUUUUCUGGAUUAAUCUCAUCACUUUACUUUUCAAUUUUGACAACUGUAAUUUGCCAUUUCUUAAUCCAACUACUGAGUUCUCUUUGUAUAUUAUCAGCUUUGUCUUGAUUGUUUUUAACUCCUCUCCAAAUCUUUGUUAAUCAGUAAACUGAUGCUUUUGCCUUUAUCUUCACUUCUGAAUUAUCAAUAUACAUUAUGACUAGAAAAGGGCAAUUAAAUUAAUUUGUAGAGCAUAAAUUCUACCAAGUUGAGGUACAGGUUGUAACAUACUGGCAACUGAAGGAGAGAAGGUGGAAUAGUGUGCUGGUAGCCCAAACUUCUGGAAAGCAGAUAAAGACUUGGAAGUUGCAUCAGCACAAUAGGGGUGAAAUCUCUGAUAGUCUCACUUGCACCUCCCAGAAUACAAACUGGAGCAAUACUUUAUAUAUUUAUAGCUGGUUGAGAGGAGAUGCUGUUGUAGCAUUCCCAUCCCUAAUUUAAUGGUCGAAUGCCAUGAUAUACACCAAUUGUAUUUGCCUGCAUGCGAUUUGUAAGUAUAUUGUAUUUCACACUUUCUUUAUACACAGUAAUGGUGUUUUACUGUAAUGCAUCUUGUGAUGGCAAAUUAAAAGCUUGCAAAAAGCA